GGGAGCAGUGGUCACACCAACACCUUGGAAUUGGGCUGGGUCUGAGUGGAGCCCCAGAGAUGUUCUCCAGCCCAUUCUUCCCAAGAACCGAUGAGUAAAAUUAGGGGCCUCCCACCUGAGGUCAGGGAACCAGGCCCUGGAGUGGAUCUGGGGGUGGAAGACGGCCUUCUUUGUCAACUGAUUCAUUCUCCAGAAUUCAACUUGUUCUCCGACUCGGUGGUAUUUGAAAGCAACUUUAUCCAGGUCACUAAGCCCGGGAGCUGGAUGGAUGUCUAUGAAGGUUCUACCACUGUGAUCCUCGGGGUGACCUCCUCAGUGGCCUCCUUGCCACUCCCCAACAUCCUCCUGAUGGCCAACGUCACCUGGCCCCAGGGUCAGUUUUCCACCUGGAGCUCACCUGAUUGUGCUCCAGUGGUCACCCUCAGCAGGAUUCUCCCCCUGAAGUUUGUGGAGCUACAAAUCUGUGACCGGCUCCAACGCAUCCUGAGGGUUAGGACAGUGACUGAAAAGAUCUACUACCUGAGGCUCCACGAACACCACCCAGAGGCCGUAUUUCAAUUCUGGAUCCGCUUGGUGAAAAUUCUGCAGAAAGGUCUGUCCAUCACCACCAAAGACCCAAGAAUCCAAUUCACGCACUGCCUGGUGCCCAAAAUGUCCAACAGCUCCACCGAAAUAACGCCUGAAAGCAGCCUCCUGCCAUCCGCCCAGCCCAGCGAAAGCUUCAUGCUGUUGACAGCCGAGCAGACCAGUGACAGUUUCUCGAAUAUCACAGGGAGGUCCCAGCUCACAGCGGACAGUAACACCAAUCUCGCCAUCAAAAUAGACAAUUUGGACAGCUCUAAGACCCCCUUGCGGGUGGCAUCUCCAGUCAGUUUGAAAAUACCCAUGAGAGCUGCCUUGAGCCACAGCCUCUGGGAACAAGAGAAUCCAGAUGAGCACUUCCUGCAGGCUCCUGUUGCCAGUUCCCUAGGAGAGAACUUUUUUGGACCCUGACACCUAUCCAGAACGGGGCGAUCUUCCCUAGCUUCCUUCAGUGCGCUUGCUACAAUCUCCUAUCGAUGCUGUUUUCCCACUGUGGGCCAAAAGACCGUGGGAGAGGUAUGAGGGUGCUUAUAACACAGUGCUUUGUACUUCCACCAAUAAACCUCCAAGUGAGUUCCUAGUU